GUUUGCUUGUUCUGCUACUUUCAAAUUGCAUAACUUAGACGCUGACUGCAGAUAUAGUCCUUGACAGGAGCCAUGUCUACCUUGUCGCAACGGAUAAGAACUCGACGGUCAGCGAACCAUUCAGAAGCAGCCAAGCCCCCAUUCGAGAGUGACGUUGGAAAGGAACAGGACCAACCGCAGCAAUUGCAUGAUGUGCAGAUGGAAGCUACACAGCAAGCAAAGUUGUUCGAUGCUCAGAUACACAAGAUGAAGAAAGAACGUCGGUUCUUCGUCAAAGCUCGUUUCCUGUUCCCUCUUGGAAUCCUACUUGGAAUAUUAUUAGGCUUCAUCCUCAUCCAGCCUUCAGACUUGCAAGACAUUCAUAGCAACCUGCUUCUCAUCAUGGAAGAAUAUGACAUCUCGCUCAAAAUACCAGACAUUGAUCUAUCACGCGUCGAAUUGGAAUGGAAACGGUUUCGGAACAAUAUCCCAGAGGUUUGGAAGCUGAACAAUGACGGACGCGAGUUUCAAGUCGGGGAGGCGAUGAAGGCCCGAGGCUUGACGGCACACUAUCCCAUCGUACUCGUGCCUGGCAUCGUAUCCACCGGUUUGGAGUCUUGGUCUACUUCACCCGAGUAUCGAGCUUUCUUCCGCGAAAAACUUUGGGGAGGCUUUAAUAUGGUCUCACAAGUGAUUUUCAAUCGUGAAAAGUGGAUUUCAGCCAUGAUGCUCGAUCCCGUCACCGGUCUCGAUCCUCCAGGUGUCAAAAUUCGAGCUGCAGAAGGGAUAGGUGCUGCAAGUAGCUUUAUGACCGGGUAUUGGCUUUGGUCCAAGAUCGUGGAGAAUCUUGCUGUAGUAAACUAUGACACGAACAAUCUUCACUUAGCUCCAUAUGAUUGGAGGCUCUCCAUGUGCAAUCUGGAAGAACGAGAUGGGUACUUCUCGAAAUUGAAAACUACAAUAGAAGGGUUCAAGGCACGACAAGGCAAGAAGACCGUUAUUGCUGCGCACUCAAUGGGUAGUACAGUAUGUCCUAGUUUCCUUUGUCGCUGUCACCUUGUCGAUUGCAGUACUUUUAGCUUCAAAUGGGUCGAGUCUCCCGAACACGGAGGCGGUGGACCAGAUUGGGUAGAGAAUCAUAUCGAGUCCUAUAUUACCAUCGCAGGGACACAUCUUGCAAAAGCUAUGGCUGCUUUCUUAUCUGGUGAAAUGAAGGACACAGUGCAGAUGAAUCCUGCUGGCGCAUACGUGCUCGAACGCUUUUUCUCGCGAAAGGAGCGGCAGAAGCUAUUCUGUAGUUGGGCUGGCAGUGCCAGCAUGUGGAUCAAGGGAGGAACAGAUGUUUGGGGCGAUGCCAACUGGGCACCUGAUGACGAGCCCGAAUCAUCACAUACUCAUGGCGAACUGAUUGCGUUCAGACAAGCAGCCGUGCCACUUUCUGCGCAUAACAUUACCCCAAGUGUGGAGCCAACAAAGAACAUGACAGCUGAUGACGCAAGCACAUGGAUUUUGGAGCGUACUCCUUCAACAUUCCAGAAAAUGUUAUGGACCAACUACUCGUUCGGUAUUGAGCGGAAUGAACAGGUGCUCAAGAAGAACGCCCUAGAUCCGAGGAAAUGGACAAACCCUUUGGAAGUGCAGCUACCAAAUGCGCCUUCUAUGAGGAUCAUUUGUGUUUACGGUCAUGGAAAAGAAACUGAAAGGUCAUACUGGUAUGCUCACGGACCACACGAAUACGAAGAAUCGUUUGUAGAGGUUGAGGAUUCGACUUGCACCGACCCUACCGACAAAUGCAAUUAUGUAUCACGCCCGCCAUUAGAUAUGUCAUUUUCCAGGGCGAACUGGAUAGAUGCUGAUUACACGCAAGAGACCACAACGCCCAAGGUGCGUAAUGGCGUGAAGAUGGGUGAAGGGGAUGGCACUGUCAGCCUAUUGAGCCUGGGAGCGAUGUGUGCAGAAGGCUGGAAGAGACCAAGAUGGAAUCCGGGAGGAUCAAAGUUACCACUGUUGAGGUACCUCCCUCAUCAACCCGCCCCUAACAUCCCUCGGGGUGGAGCAAAUACUUCAGAUCACGUUGACAUCCUUGGGUCGACAGGUUUGAAUGAGCUCAUACUGAAAGUUGCCACUGGUGCUGGUCAUGAGAUCGAGGAUCGCUUUGUCUCUCGCAUUAGGGAGUUUGCUCGGCGAGUGCGGUGGGAUUGACCACUGAGUGUUUUGUAGCUUAUUUUUGCACAUAUUUUCACGUUUUUCUCACAAGUUUAUUUCAACGCAUAAUGAAACAUGGGUUUUUCAUGGCGGAGGCUUUCGAGAUACCGACGGAGUAUUUUCAGAGUCGAUUUUCAAUUCGCCUCUCCAAUAAACCUCAUAUGUGUUACAUGAACGACGGCCAUGUACGUUUGGUGAUACAUUUACCCAGUAUCCCCUAGACAGACUGCGGGCGGACGGAGAUAGUCGCCCCUACCCCUCAGAUCUGCCAAUAUCUGGCAAGAUUCACAGGCCUUUUCUGCUACCAAGAGUCCAUCCCACUACAGGGUCGACGUCAACACUUUGCUAUUCAUCAUUUAAAGGAUGUCGGGAAAACGGAGCGUCAAUGAAUCUCGAUCUUGGAUUGCAGCAACCGCUCAAGCAUUUCCAGUCUUCAACAUAGCGUAUGUGUUCUCGCCCGAAUUUGCCCCUG